AUAAAAAAGGUUAGGAUAUGUCAGAAGCAUCGUCUAAACUCUCGCAAAAUCACAACCAUGGCAACCGAUCUCUCUGUCAUCCUCCCUCGCGUUCUCAUCGUCUCAAGACGUACCCUUCGCAAGAACAAGUUCGUGGAUUUUGUGGGUGAAUACCAUCUUGAUCUGAUAGUUGGGUAUGGAGCAGUGCCGGUUAUUGUGCCUCGUGUGACCGGGGUUCAUAGGUUGCUUGAAAGCUUUGAGCCCAUCCAUGGUGUUCUUCUUUGUGAAGGAGAAGACAUUGAUCCCUCGCUGUAUGAGGCUGAGCAUUCUGGUCUUUCUCCUGAGGAAUUCGAAGAGAUAAGAAGACUGCAUGCAAGCGAUACCGCCAUUGAUAAAGAGAAGGAUUCGAUCGAAUUGGGACUGGCCAAGCUUUGCCUUGAAAGGAACAUACCCUACUUGGGAAUCUGCAGGGGGUCACAGGUCCUGAACGUUGCAUGUGGGGGUACCCUUUAUCAAGACAUAGGGAAAGAGCUCCCAAAGAAGCGCCCAGAAUGUGAGAGGGUGGUGCACAUUGAUUAUGAGAAUUAUGAUGGGCAUAGACAUGUGGUGAAGGUGGUGGCCAACACCCCUUUGCAUCAUUGGUUUCAAGAAUCUUUAGAUCAAAAGAAAAUGGAGAUUUUGGUGAAUAGUUAUCACCAUCAAGGAGUUAAGGUAUUGGCUCAGCGUUUUGUGCCAAUGGCUUUUGCCCCAGAUGGCUUGAUAGAAGGGUUCUACGACCCUGAUGCUUACAAUCCUGAAGAGGGGAAGUUUAUAAUGGGACUCCAGUUUCAUCCGGAGCGAAUGAGGCGGCCGGAUUCCGAUGAAUUUGAUUAUCCGGGCUGCCCAUCUGCUUAUCAGGAAUUCGCGAAGGCUGUGAUUGCUUAUCAGAAGAAGCUUAAUUGCUCAACCGCCUUGCCACCAAAGCCUCUCAAGCUUGAUCAAGAAAUGGAGAACAGGAGAAAAAUUAUUGUUCGCAGUUUCUCCAUUGCCAAAGAUAUAUACACAACAGGCCGUGGAAUGAACCCAUCUAAAGAGUCUGAACUUGAAGCUGGAGCAGAAUUUCUUGAGUCCAACACAGUACUGAGUUUGCAACAAGAGAAUAGGUUGAAGCAAAUGGGGGCAACAGUGAGGAAUGGAUCUUCCUAUUUCCAGAGAUUGAAAAUGAAUGAGGAGAGAGAUCGGGCAGCAAAAACUUUAAUGAGGAAGAUGUCAGUAGAGCAGUUAUCAGAGCUCAUGUCUUUCUACCACAUGAUGGGGCAGAUCUGCUCAGAAGUUCUAGACAAAAAGCUUCAUGGCAUUGUCAAUGAUGUUGGGUCUUGUUGAGGACUCACAUGAAACUUGGAUGAUGGGCUCCUCUCCUCCCUUUCAGUCGCUAUCUGCCUUUUUCCCCCUUUCUUUUUCUUAAAUUUUGUUUGUGAGGGAGCAAAGUAUAUGCUUUGAAGUCUGUAGCGAUGCUGUAACCUUUAUUUCAUGGUUAUGAAUCAUGAUUGAUGCUGCAAUGUGUUAUCAGAGUCUUCUAUAAAAGUACAAGGUAAGCUUUGACAAUGGAUGGCUGGUCAUGAACUGCUAUCUACAAAUCAAUCUUUUUUUUU